UGAUCCCCUCCAUGCUUUCAAUCGCAUAAGCACUUCUACAAUCAUGGGGAUAUCUUGGGGGACGUAAGUAAAACUCCAUCUUUCAAUCUUUGUACUGAAAGCCAAGCUAAUACUCCACAGUGUCAAGUCCCUGCUCUUAUUCUUUGGUCCAAUACUUCUCCCCAAAGUCAUCGCAUUCUACCGCUCACUACGUAGCCAAAAUACUCAUGGCAUCCCCAUCCGUCCCAUUCCAGCACCGGUCUCCAGAGCUCUAUUCCUCCUCUUUAUCGCCUCCUCUCUAUUCCUCACCCGGUCUUUACCUCCCUUUGCGCCCGACAACAUCUUCGCUAUAACCCAAUCCCGACUCCAAAUCCCCACCGACGUCCUCUUCACUCGUCUCACCACCGUCCGCGAAAAUGGCCUCACAGAAACAGACAGUCUCCUCCGCAACAAAAUAAACUCUCUCGAGUCAAGAUUACUCUACUUCCAAUUCGGUCCCGACGUUCUAGCAAACUGCCAAUUCUGCCAACCCGAAGACGCAAAUCCAUACCUCUACUAUCACCUCCCCUCGCUCCUCGCCCCACACCUAAUAAACCUCUUCAUCCUCGCGCUCUGCACCAGCGGUCUAUGGAGCGGGAAGGAGGGGGCCGUCUGGCGCAAAUCCGUCACGAUACUAGGUGUAGUCCUAGCCCUGAUCGACAUCUACACAGUCUCAACCUACAACCACCAGGAAAACUCGCGCGCAACAACACUCUCCGCAAUCGAGCCGUUUUUCUGGAAAGUCCGUACCUACCGCUUCAUCUCCCUCGCCAUCCUCGACGGCAUGACGGGCUGGAUGCUCUACCUCUCCAGCACGAACCGGGCUUUCGUGGUUCCUCCGUCGCCUGCGGCACGUGUCGAAGCCACGACGCGGAUGCUGGAUAGUGUGAGGAGUAAGAUGAGCGCCAUGUCCAUCCUGCGGAAUACCAUCAAUCGCGAUGAGGGCUUGAGGGAGAAGAGUCGCGAGUAUUGGGUCACGGAGGGGACACUGAUGGGCCAGUUGAUGGAGGAGAGGGAGGUGAUUGAGAGUGUGAAUCAUGCGCUGGAGAGUCGGAUUAAUAUGAGUACCAUUAGCAAAGACGCGGAGGAUUAUGCGCAGAAUGUUCUAGGAUCUUUGCAGGAGGCACAGGAGGGGCUUUCGUGAACUGGUGGGGGUUGGUUUGAGGUUGAGGCAUAGCGUGGCGUAUAGGUUUUCUUUCUUUCUUUGAUUUAGGGUAGGUUAGGUUAGGGAGACUUUCUCGUCUUCUUUUUUUUGUUUGGAUGAAUUUUAUUCCUGAUUUUUUGAGAAGGGGG